GCCAACGCUCCCUUCACAUCUGCUCUGGCCAUAUCUUUCCAAGACACAAGCAGACAUUGAGCCGCUGGAUUCAUGCUGCCCGCAGCCAAUUGCGUGUCCUUCAGAAGCACCAUAGAGUCUAUGCUGCCUUGGACUAGCCUGAGAAAUGCAAGCGGCCAGACCGGCGCGGGGGGCAGGAGCGUCAGGUCCAAGGACAUCUUCAGCGUCAUGGUGACUCCUGACCGCAUCCCGAAGUUCUUCAUCCCUUCCUUGGAUGUCCACGUCCACGGCGAGCAGCCCCCGAAGGCGGAGGAGGUUUGCCCGUCACCGGCUUUGCUCAUAACGUCAAUUGAAGAAGGCAGAAGCUCAUCGGAGAACAACGUAAGGAGGGAGCGGAUCCCGAGGCGGGGCUGUUUGCGCCAAGGGUCCCCGGCGAGCUGCGGCAACGGGGAGCUCCUCUCCGGAAAGCUGGAGAGAGCAGCCGACCACUCGGACCCGGCGACAAGAGCUGCCCUGUCCCUGCCCCACUUCCAGAAGAUCACCACCCCUUACGGUUUCCCCGCACUGGGGGAGAUCCCUCACAUCAGGAGGAAAGAAUCGCUCUUCUUUGAGCGGGACGUUGCUGACAUCAGGAGCUUUCUGAAGAGCAGGAAGCAGAGCCGGGCACUGAGCAGGAGCCGCUCCAGCUCGCUCAGUGACCCCAAACUUCAGAAGCCCCUUGUAACCAGCACAGUGGCCCGGGCGAGCAGGUCGGCGCCUUGGGAAACCAUCCAUAGCCCCGUCCUCCCACUCUACCCAACUCAAGCAUCCAGCUCCUUGUCCCGUUUAGUGAAAGACAAGAACAAGUUUCAGGUCCUUAUCAAGAAACACCUAGCCAGCAUCAAGCGCAUGAGAUCCAGAUGAUCGUCCAUGCUGUUGGCACAACGAACAGAGAGCGGUGUCAGCGUCUGAGCCGGCGGAGCUCCCAGCCCACCGACGUCCAGGGACCUCACCUGGUGCACAGACAGACCCCCACUCUUUGGUCCAUCGAGCACCAGUCAGGCAAGCACAGCAUCUCCCCCUCGGACCUCCAGGUCAACUGAACACUGUAAGUGUGGGGAAUCCGAAAUAGGAACAGCAGAUACUGGCAGGACACAGCGGCUCAGGCAGCAUCGGCUGAAAGAGACACACAAUCACCGUUCCAACACCAGGACCUUUCGACGGAACAAGUAUGGUGAAACUGAUUUUCGCAUGGUUUAACCAGCAUUUGAAAUUAAUCCAUUAAAAAACGUUGAAAACAAUACGCGGAACAAUAUUUUGUUUGAAAAACCUGUAUAGCGUGGUGAUAGCUUUUUGUCACUGAAAAACACUUGUCAUGUUCAUUCGGGGCUGGCUUUUAUUAUCCUGGAGCUCCCGGGACUGUUAGCUCCGACUGCAACUCAUCCCAAGGCCACUUUGAAAACUUUGCGGAUUGUGAUUGAAGAUCUGACCUUGAACUACUUAGUACUUCAACGCGUGACUGGUCAAACACUGAUUUUGGUAUGUUUUUUCUUUAUCAGGACUUAAAAGUUUUUUUGAAGAAGAAUUUCUUCGGUGUACCGGCAAUGCUCAUCGCCGUGUCUUCCAGUGAUUGCCCGUUUUCGAAAAGAACGCAGGAAGAAGGCGGCUGCCCGUGCAUGUCUGCGGGCUGAAACCAAUAACAAACUAUAUAAAGUCUACAGUAUUUAUUUGUACUAAAUAAAGCAUUGUUCAAACUA